AUGAGUAAAAGUUGGUUAGAGAGCGUCAUCCCAGCCAAAAUUGUGAGUUCAAUCCCUGCAUCAAGGUUCUUUGAGAGGGUCCUAGACACCAAGUUCCAACAAACCAGCAGCUGCAGUUGUUACAGUUCUGUCUUCAGCUUCACAUUGUUUCCAUUGGCCAAUAACGCACUAAGUCAUCUCCCAGUUCAAAGCAUUCAGAAAAUAUUGCCAAGGCAGAUGCACCAGAAAUGGACACCUGAUUUCCACGACAAAUAUGGCAAUGCUGUAUUAGCUAGUGGAGCUACUUUCUGUGUUGCUAGAUGGACAUGUACAGCAACACAAAUUGGAAUAGAAGGGAACCUGCCCCCUGCUGGCAGAGUCACCCCAAAGGAAUGGAGAAAUCAGAAAUCACACCAGCUGGGAAGACUGUCUCAAAACCAACUCAUAAUUGAUGUCAAGUGA